AUGCCCAGCUCCUCGCUCCUGGGCCACCUGCCGAGGGCUCCCACACAAUCCCGGGGCCAGAUCCUGCGCCCAGGCCGCUCUCCGGGGAGGGUCACACCUGUCUCUUCCCAACGCCUGGAGUCCCCCUUCUCCAUCGAGGCCCUCCUAGCCAGGCCCGACCCCCGAACACCCGCAGCCUCCCUGCUGUCAGUCUCCGCCUGCGCAGCCUCUGGCCUCUGCACCGCUGCCUCCUGGCCUCGGGCCCGUGCUGUGCCCUGGGCGUGCCCCGCGGCCUGGAUGCCUGCCUACCUGAGCGUGGGUCUCUACCAGCCGUGCCCCCAACCCGCUGUGCUGGGGCUGCGCAUGGCUCACUUCUGUGGCCUCCAGGGUCUCAGUGUCACAGGCUUGGAGCUGGCUCACUGCCCAGGCCUCUGGAGCUCCCCAGACAGGGCCCCAGCUGAGGAUCUUCAGGACACCAAGAGACCCCAAAAGAGGGUUCGAACUAUGUUUAACUUGGAGCAGCUGGAAGAGUUGGAGAAAGUGUUUGCAAAACAGCACAAUCUGGUGGGGAAGAAAAGAGCCCAGUUGGCUGCCCAGCUCAACCUUACAGAGAACCAGGUGAGAGUCUGGUUCCAAAACCGCAGGGUCAAGUAUCAGAAGCAGCAGAGGCUGAAACCGCCAGCUGUGUCUGCUAUGACUGCAUCCCCCAGCAAGCCCUCUAGCAGCUUGGACACCAGCAUGCAAAGAGAAGACACCAAAUCAGGAGCGAACAGCUGA